AUGGCGGACGCCACGUGCGCAGCACAGCCCAGCACUCAGACCACGCUAGACAAAAUCUUCACGGACUUCUGGGCGAAAUUAAACAGCCAACUACAAGCACCCACCCUGCAGACGCCGGGCCCUACCUCACUACACGAGCGUCCCCCGAGCACUCUGCCCCUUCCAGCUGCUCUGGCUCCAGGUAGGCGGCCACCACGCAACCACCGUCCUGCCGCAAAAAACAUGCGAAACUCGGCGCGAUUAACGGUAUUCCGGCGAAGGGGCAGUCCAGAAGAUGCACCAGAAAAGUGA